CAUCCUCUUGCAUAUGUUGAAUGGUUCACACCGCUUCAGGUCCGUGAUUUGAAGCUAGGGAUGUAUUCCGUUGCCCGCUCCACGGUGUCUCAGAAGCGGCGUACUUCCGUCAUAUCUGUCGACCAGAUUAUCCGCACAUGCCACCUUCUCCCCAUCUUUGGUAAGCGGGUUGAUCUCACAUGGUCUCCUGUCAAUAUUCUUGAG